UUCAAUAAAGUAUAAUUUUCUUUAUAAAAGAAAAUGGAGUUGAAAUUGAAAUAUAAGUUUUACAUGCUUUGCUUGAUUUUGUUCCAGAUGAAUUUAAGCCAGCAUCAAUUGAAAAGAACCAACCAAGGUUGUUCCACAAGGCUAAGGAUAACCGGGUUGAGGUAGAAUUUGAAAACAACCAACAUGGAAAACCCAAGGUUACAUUUGAGGGUGUUAGUGGUAGUGAUGCAGUUUGUUCUUUGAUGGUGAGAAGUUUCGGUUAGAGCGGUUACACCGAGCUGUGAACUGGUUGAGGCAUGUACGGCAGCCUGGUGAGUCCACAGCUGCAGCUACCACUGCCAUGGCUCCUUCAGCUGGCCCUGCUGCAAAGUCUUAUUCUCGUCCACUUGGUAAAGGAGUGAAGCCUGAGUCUUUGAACAGAGGCCCAGUUCUGCUAUUGCCAGUGGAACGCAUUGACACAGGUGACUUUGAGAGCAGAGAAUCUAGAAAGGAGAACAAUGCAGUGUACCAAUCUUCAAUUCCUAAUCAACCAACUGCGUCACCAGAUCCUAAAAAUUAUGAAUCAGAUGAACAUGUGAAUAUAGUCAAUGAUGAUGAUGAAGACGAUGAUGAUAAUGUCUCUGAAAAGGUUUCCACAGGUAUUGGUUUCGAUGUCCACUUACCACAUCAAGCUGACACGGAUGAUGUGAUUGCUGAUGUAGAUGUAAGUGAUGAUGAAGAACAUAAAGUGGGACGUAAUGCAGCAGAAGCUCCUAGAGCUCAGGUGAACGCAGAAGGGAAAGAAGAACAGACUUCAAGCUCAAGCAGUAGCAGUGGAAGUGUAGCGGGAGUGGCAGUGGGAGCAGUAGUAAGUGAUUACAAUCAGGCAGAUUUACUUAAUGGUAAUAGCUGUUCAAACUGAACCAAUGCCCCAAAAC